CUCUAUUAUCUCCAUGCAAAAAUUAUUACGAAAGAUACAUAAUUUUUUAACUGAAAUUGCUCUGCAUCCUGUAAUACUUGUCUUGUAACUGAAAACAGUGAUUGUUUUCACCGUAAUCGAUUGUCUCCGCCUAGGUUUAUUCCAUACAGCGCGAGUUGUAAAGUCCAUGUACUGGUAGAAUAAAAUGGGCCGUUUACUCGUAGAUCUUGAAGAAGCGCCUUGGAAUAAUGUAUCUCUAACUGAUGAUGAAAGAAUAAACGCGUUCAUACAAUUCAUUCAGUGUACCCCGGACGAACAAGCUUACCGAGAAAGAUUGCUGCAAAGGAUAGAGGAACUCGUUAAAGAAAUAUGUCCGGAUGCAAAACUCGAGUUCUAUGGAAGCAUGCGUACAAAAACCGUUAUUCAUUCAAGCGAUAUCGACAUAAAUAUGUUUCAACCGAAAGUGGGCGAGAUUCAAAAACGUCGAAUUGUACUAUCGAUACGCAAACACUUGUCAGCUGGAGCAGAAUUUCAUGCAACUGCCCGUGUUCCUCGGAUCUUUUUUCGAGAUAAGAGCGGUCUGAGUGUGGAUAUCACGUUUGACAAUGCAUCUGCCAUAAGUAGUGCUAACUUACAAAAUGAGUACGCCGACAAUCAUCCUGUAUUCAGAAAACUGUUUAUGCUAUUAAAACAUUGGCUUUUUGAGCGACGACUGGAUCAUGUCUAUAUUGGCGGACUUGGAAGUUCUGCCUUGAGUUAUAUGAUUAUCGGCUGGUUAGAAAUGCAGUAUCACAAAAAGAAUAUAUCAGCUGAACAGAUUCCUCUUCGAGAAUUAUUGCAACAAUUUUUUGAUUUCUGGGGCAACAAAUGGGCUUACGAUGUUUUCGUAUUGCGGCCUCUGACGGGUCAGCUUGUGACAAAACAAUCAAAAGGAUGGACUGUUGAUGCACGGCCUGAAUUACUAUCCAUUGAGGAUCCUAUUGAUCGCACGAAUGAUGUUGCAAAACAGAGUUUUCAAAUUAAAAUGAUUCGGGCGGCUUUCGUUGCCAGUGCAAUCGAGUUAGGAACGGACAAAUGGGCCAACGCAUUUGCCAUCACAUUUGACGAAGUCAAUAUGCAUCGAGACUUUCGAGAAGUUUUACAUGAGCAGAAAGCGAUUGUCGAUUAUGGCAAUAGUUCUGACGAGGAAAAUAUCCAAGAUGAAGAAAACGAAAACGAUACCGCUAACAAAAACGUUGAUUCAAUGGAUGUUGAUGUUGACGUAGCUACAGCUGUUUGACAUGGAUAACAAACUGCUGCGUAUGGUACUUUUCAUUUGAACGAUAGUUUCAUGCAUACUCGAACAUCUAUGCCAACUAUCACAUCUUUUUGCACAUAUACCACCAUUUCCUACGCAUAGUUCGUUCUUUUCUCUUUUUGUUUCAUUGAUUUGAUUUUCUAUUACCUACUUAAGUUGCUUGGAGACAAACAUAACGUCCUCGUUUCCAUUCUUAGGGGGCUGUGAAGUGAAGCCUUUGUGCAUAAACCAGCCAAUGGCCUCUUGAUCGUCCUUGUUGAUGUAAACAUACAUCUCCUUAGCAGAGAUGUUUGAUGCUUGUUCCAACGCAUGCUCGAGCAGCUUGGAACCAACGCCUUGGUUGUGAUAAGCAGGGAGAACACACAAAGAGUUAAUUUGCAGCUUUGGUUGCUUGUGACUACUGUCCUUCUUGCAUCUUACAGCGCCGACGCAAAUCUGGUUGAAAUAUGCAAAUUGAGCUAAGUCACCGAUAGCGGGCGAGUCCUUAUAAAAUUGAGCUGAAAACUGUGUCGUUGGUAAACAGACAGAGUUAAUCGUUUCCAAGACCUUAACGUUGUUUUUCGUCACAGAAUCAAGCUCAAUCAUACCGAACGAUACAGAUUCCUCUAGUCCCAGGCUGCUUGGGUACUGUUUAAACACCUAAGGACACAUAUACUAGUUGAAGUUCAUUCAGUGAAAAACGGUAAGAUUCAUUAUUUGAAAUAAGGAAGUGCGCUAUGGAUUGAAAGAGUGAAAUUGACAAAAAUAUGAGAGUUAUUAAAGGAUAAUGUCUUUUUCUUCUGUGUCUGGUGUCUUAGCUUGUGUCAUUUGGGUCAUGGAUGUGACGAUGUCUUCGCUCUUUUGAGAAGAUCUAAUAGUUUCAGUUGGUUGCAAUUGUUCUUCAUAGGUUGCUUGGCAUUUCUUAAGCCAUUUGGGCUCCCAUCUUGCGGACGUAAGAGCCGUUAACAGCAUUUCAAUUGCAUUCCAAAGCGACCAGAACGUGAACACGACGAAUAUUAGUCCCUGGAUAAUAAUUAGUACAAUGCCUAUUAUAGUCCGGGCAAUUGACGAUAAAUUCCAGGCUAAGGGAGUCACUAAGAUGAUAGAGACGAGCUUUGUUACUUCACAUAAGUAUGAACAUACUAUGUUCUUCCGUCCACAGAAUGGCUUAAGUGAGAAAACAGCAGUAGCCCAUAUUACCUGAAACACAAGCAACAAUAUAACCUGGAUCUUUGGCUUUUCUUGGGCAAGACCUAGCACCAAUGACUGGGCAAGGAUGUUUAAAAGUUGAAGGAAUGAAAAUGACCAGGCUUCUUCACGAAACGGAAGAUACAUCCAUCCCCACCAAGUAUACCCGUUUGGAUGACUAAAAAGCAGGACUCUCGGAUUUCCCAGUGUUUCCAAACUACAUUUGGCCAACGCGGUAAUUCGAAUUGCUGACCAUGUAAACAGAGCGACAAGUGCAACCAGCAGUAAGGCUGCCAGCAGAAUUGGACCCCAUGCUUCUUGCAGCGAGAAUUCGUAAAAAAUCAACACGGCUAUUCCGGGAAGUGCCAUGAGUAACUGUCUCAGGUUAGAUAUCGUUACAGUAUUUUCUUAUAUGUACUGUGGCAUGCGUACCCAUUUCGCAACAAACGAAAAUGUCACUCGAAUCCAGUACUUUCGGACAAAGACUCUUGAAUCUUUUUGUGCUAGCUUGGUUUUUGUAAUGAUAGCCAUAAAAAGUUUGAAAGUGACAUUCAUCGCAACAACUAUACCAAUUGAGAUUAGGAGCCAAAAGAAAGUGUACAUGAACAGGUUAGUAAAAACCGUCCCUCUGUCAAUGGCUAACGAGUGAAAACCUCGGAAUAUCCCUGGCAUUUGUGCUAGUCGUGGCACACUAAUGUCUGUGCCAUCAUCCAAGCUCACUGUUUGGAAUGUCUGCAGCUUGUGCAUGUCUGUUUGAUUGCGGAAUCUGUUAAUUGUAUUUUCCAUAACGCUUGUAAUUGUGAAUCCCAAGGUCCAAGCAAAAUUACUAGCCCACGCCGUAAAUAUUCUUGAAUGUUGUACGCCAACAGCUGCUAUCAAAGGAAUUGUCUGAAACAGGGUAAUCACUUGUAAGCCGGUUGGUAUGGAAUGAGUGAUUGUUGUGUGAGCGAAACUGAUGCUUCUUCCUGUGCAAAUAAGUAGGAAACCAAUACUUCCAAUAAAACUUAAUCCUACUGCUGCUGCUGAUACAGCUACAAUGGCACGAUUACGAAACGUGUGCUUAUUUGCCAAGGAGGCAACCAUACAAGCAAUGGGUUGUGCUUCGCUUGCAGCCUGCUCUAAUGGCAAACUUGCAUUAAGGUCCUCCUUUUUUAAUACGCGGAAUGUGACGAGACCUUCAAAGUCAGGAAUUGACCAUGCUAUACUUGGAAUAGUAUCGGCGUCUUGCGGGCUUACAGGUAAAACUCCCUGUGCGAACAUAUUUUGAUCUUUCGUUACAGGACAAAAUGAAUCAAGAUUAAUUUCACAGGGAUCAAACACAAAUCGCGAGCGUCGUGCUCCAUAUGCCAGUAUUGAAAUGUCUAAUGUGGCAUUCAUAUCAACCGAGCUCCUUCCAUAAAUAUUGAACACAAUAGAGAAAUUCCGCGCAUAAUAUGUUGCAUCAAACAAUUCAAAUUGCAAUGGAGAAUCUACAGAACAUGAUGUAAACUGGGAUGUGAACAAACGAUGGUUUGGUCGCUUUUUAAUUCGUAUCAAUGCCUGUCCCGGUACAACCAGAAGGCUUAAUACGACCCAUAUAAUUCGAAUGAGAAGCAUGAGAGUAUUGUUUCUAAGGAGUAGUUGAUAUACAAACAUGCUUGAGCCAUUAUACAACUUGUCGGAUAAUUAUCUAACAUAUACGACACAAUCCUGUCAACAUCAUGCACGAACAUCACACGAAUACGAGUUUACAGAUGUCUCUAAGGGAAUAAAUAAACAGUUUAUUGAACAUGUAGCCCGAUGCCUCUACCUAGUAGUUAUUUUCUUA